ACUGGACAUAACCUACUGCGUGUUUUGUCGUCACACAUUUGAGGUCGAUGUAUGUGGAUGGUAGUACGAUCAUAAUCGUGGUUGAAUUUCUCACUGGUAACGUAAUUUGUCAAAGCAUUUAGUAUUAGCAUUACUCUGGAAUGUAAUGUAACUAAAGGAACGCCAAAUCUGAAUAUGAAUAAAAAUAAACAGAAGAGAGGGAAAAACAGCCGAUGGAAGAGAAGAGAAUACACUUCGAAAGACAAAAAUUACGACGAGUCUAAUGACUUGGAUUCCAGUUUGGAAAUAGAAGAAUCAGUCGAGGACAAUGGUAAUUCACAGCCAUAUAUUACCAGAGCACAAUUCCCUGUGGCUAUGUGGGAUUUAGGUCAGUGUGACCCAAAGAAAUGUUCUGGACGCAAGCUUUCUCGUCAUGGUCUCAUCAGAACACUCAGGCUAGGGCAACGAUUUGGCGGUGUUGUACUGACUCCAGUGGGAGAAAAGUGUAUCUCACCCAGUGACCGAACCAUCAUUUCAACACAUGGUUUGGCAGUAGUGGACUGCUCGUGGGCAAAAAUUGAUGAGACACCUUUCACACGAAUGAAGUCUACACAUUGCCGCCUUUUACCAUUUCUUGUUGCUGCAAACCCAAUUAAUUAUGGACGGCCAUGCCACCUGUCAUGUGUGGAGGCCCUGGCAGCUGCUCUUCAUAUCACAGGUUUUCAAGAAGAAGCUCAGUUAUAUCUAAGCAAGUUCAAAUGGGGAAAAUCUUUCAUCACUCUGAACCAAACACUGCUAGAUGCAUAUGCUGCAUCCCAAGGGGACAGCUCAUCUGUUGUUGCUAUUCAGAAUAAAUAUCUGGAAGAGGCCCGCCUUGAAAAAGCAGCACAUUAUCAAGAUGUUUCAGAUUUUCCAUCAUCAUCAGAAGAAGAAGAAGAAGGCAUAAGAGAUGAAGAAGAAGAGCUAUGUGAUACAAAAUAAUCACGAGAACAAAUGUGUAGAUCCUUCUGAUCAUUGUGAAGUUUAAUAAAAAAAAUUUCAGCAUACUUCACA